UCAAAAUUUCCAAAGAAAAAGUCUUAAAACUUUUAUAUUGUUGUGUUAAUGUCAAAAUAAAUAACCAUAGUUAAUGAUCCAUGUCUAAAACAGCCUACCGGGACAGGCAAAUUGUAUUAUAAAGAAUGCGAAAACAACUGAAGCAAAUCGCAUUAUAAUUUCGCUGAAUUUUAUUACUGUUUGUCACCCGUCAUGAUCGACUUGUUUUGCUGAAAUCAAAGUUAGAGCGGGUUUGAGUUGUUCGUGUGUUGUUGUUGGUUUUUUUUUAUUAUUAUUGUUAAUGUAUGUUACUUGUAUAUGGUUUUAUCUAAAUCAAACUGGACCCUGCCCUGUUUGUUAUGUUAUGGUUUUUUGAUUCCUUUUGUGGUCUAUAUUUUCUCUGACAUUUUAAAAUCAAAUAAUCGUCUGAUAAUGGCAACAGCAUCUGUCAAGACAAAAAGUAGUAGUGGCAGUGGUGGUAAGCCAAAAAAGUAUGUUGGGGUGUAUUUAUGUACAUGGAAUGUAGCAUAUUCAAAACCUGUAGAUCUAACAGAUGCUCUUCAACUUCAUCAAUCAACAUUGCCAGAAAUUUACGCAAUCGGAUUACAGGAAGUAAAUAAUGACCAUACAGGUACGGGUAGAAACAGUUGGUCGGCGGCCAUUACAGAUAUACUAAAACCUAAAGAUUAUGUCAGGGUUCGUGUUCGCUCAAUGCAGGGUAUUUUAUUGAUUAUUUUUGCUAAGCGAUCAAUUUUGCCAUUUAUCACCAACUUCGAAUCAGAAGCGACAAGAACGGGUUUAAAUGGAUUAUGGGGUAAUAAAGGAGGUGUUAGUGUUAGAUUAGAUAUUUAUGGAAUGAAUGUUAUUAUUGUCAACAGUCAUCUGGCAGCUCAUAGAGAUAAUUUACUGGAAAGAAUAGAGGAUUAUGACAGUGUUAUAGAUCAUCAGAAGUUUAAAGAUGAUGAUGUUGAUAAUAUUAUGGACCAUGACUAUGUUCUAUGGAUGGGUGAUUUGAAUUUUCGUCUGAAUGAACUGACCAAAGAAGAAGCCAUUAAAUGUAGUGAAAAUAAAGAUUACGAAAAACUUCUCAAGUUUGAUCAGUUAAUCCUGGCAAUGCAAGCAGGUUUAGUAUUUGAAGAUUUCCAUGAAGGGGAGAUAAGUUUUCCACCAACCUAUAAAUUUGAUAUCAAUACAGAUCAAUAUGAUUCAAGUGAGAAACAACGUGUACCAGCCUGGUGUGAUCGUAUAUUGUGGUAUACACAUGAUACAAGCUAUGAUGAUGUGUGUCUGGAUGUACAACAACUACAUUAUCACAGUCAUCCAGUCUAUAAAGUCAGUGAUCAUAAACCUGUGUCUUCUCUUUUUCAUAUCCAGGUCUUCCCGAACCCCCCACGUCUCCCAGUUACGUUUUAUCCAAUCAAAGAGUUUCGCCAGAAACGUGAUAAUUUGAUUAACUACAAGAUGGUGUCGUCUGGUUCAUCGUAUUAUAAUGAUUGGAUUGGUUUAUACAAGGCUGAUUUUACUGCAUUAACUGAGUAUGUUACAUAUAUUUGGGCCGUUCAAGGUGUGGAGAAGCGCGGAGUAUCGGGUGUUACUUUAGCUUUUACAAAAGAAUGGAUGACAGCGCCACCCGGAGAAUAUUGUCUUCUUUAUUUAACCAAAAAUUAUAGUUUACUUGGUAUUAGCCAAACAUUUCAGGUUUUACCAUGAUAUGGACCAGGUGUAGGUAUUACCGUGAUAUGAACCGUGAUAUCCAUUUUCUGAUCUCUUCAAGUGCCUUAUAUGGUAUUUAUUAGCUGAACUACAAAUACUGAAUGAUUGGUUGCUUAGUUGUAUUUUAGUAGCCAAUGAAAUAACUUGUAAGAAGUUUAUCUUGCUCAUAUAUCCUGCCUUUAUCUCUAACUGUGAUUUUGUCUUGUCUGAAAAUCUGGUGUCAGAAGUGAUAAGAAGCGUAAAGUUUUUAUGAUUGAUACGUACAAAAGGUCUCUUCAUGGUUGUUGACUUUCUGAUUUAAUGGGGUUAAGAAAAUUCUUCUGGCACAUUACUCUUUCCAGGGUCGACGGAAGCAAUUCUUGAUUUGGGGGAGGGGGGGCUACCAUCGUAGGUGAGGGUCCAGGGACCGCGUAGGCCCCGGAAGUUCCUUGGGGUCUACAUAGUCAGAGGCACAGGGCCUGCUUUCUGUGUAUUUAUAACUUUGGAUUUCUACUAUGUCCCUAGGGGCUUGGUGGGAGACCAAGAGAUAUAAUACAUGUGCUUUAGAUCAUAAGAUCUGUUCCGUCUUUAUUAUCACCACUCACCUAAAGUCUGUCAUUGAUGUAAGUGUUGUGGUUAAGAUGCCAGGCUUGUAUGAGACAAGUAGUAUGGUGGCCCAUCCUAACCUCUAGUUUUCUCCCUAUAUGCAUAUUUUAAAGAUAUAUCAUAUGUUCAUUCCAAAGUUUGUUUUGACUGGACAUUAAAAUAUAUCUCUAUUAAAUUCCAACUUUAUUGGUCAGCUUUGUACUGCGUAGUCAAGGGGGGUUGGAUGGCUGAAGGGUUAGCACGUGCGUGCUGUAUCGUAAGGCCUGUCAUUGAGUCAACUGGCGUGGUUUCGAAUCCCCGGUUGUACAUGACAAAGAGUAGGGUCGCCUGUCCAACCUCAUGGGUUUUCUCCGGGUCCUCCGGUUUCCUCCCACUGCUAAAGACCCCUACGCGCAAGCAAAUUAUUGAAAUAAAACUAAACCAUAAGUUAGUCCCGAAAUGACCUAGUUUGUGUCGAGUGGACGUUAAACCCCAUUUCUCUCUCUCUCUCUCUCUGUAGUCAACAGCAUUAUGAUUAUCUCCAUUCCCCCAAUUUGACAACCAUGAAGAGAUCUAUUUAUGUCACAUCUACAUCUAACUUUGUUAUAAGGCAACCAGAUGACUAAUUAUAAAAUAUAUUUAAUACUGUGAUUAAUUAAUAUCAAAUAUUCUUUAUUAUAUUUUAUAUUUUUAUACAUAGUGGCCUCUAGAUGUAGAGGAAAUAUUCCUUUAUUAUGGCCUCUAGAUGUAAUGGAAAUAUUCCUUAUUGUAUUCAUAGUGGCCUCUAGAUGCAGUGGAAAUAUUCCUUUAUUUAUACAUAGUGGUCUCUAGUUGUAAUGAAAAUAUUCCUUAAAGUAUUCAUAGUGGCCUCUAGAUGUAGUGAAUAUAUUCCUUUAUUUUCACAUAGUGGCCUCUAGAUGUAAUGAAAUUAUUUCUUUAUGUAUUCAUAGUGGCUUCUAGAUGUAAUGGAAAUGUUCCUUAAUGUAUCCACAGUGGCCUCUACUAGAUGUAGUGGAAAUAUUCCUUAUUUAUAUAUAGUGACCUCUAGAUGUAAUGAAAUUAUUCCUUAAUCUACAUGUAUUCAUAGUGGCCUCUAGAUGUAGUGGAAUUCCUUUAUUUAUGCAUAGUGGCAUCUAGUUGUAAUGGAAAUAUCCCUAUAUGCAAUCAUAAUGGCCUCUUGAUGUAGUCAAAUUCCUUUAUUUACACAUAGUAGCCUCUAGAUGUAAUGGAAAUAUUCCUUUAUUUACACAUAGUGGCCUCUCUAGUUGUAGUGGAAUUCAUUUCUUUCCACAAAGAAGCCUCUAGAUGUAGUGGAAUUCCUUUCUUUACACAUAGUGUGGCCUUUAGUUAUAGCUGAAAUAUACCUUUAUAAUUCUAAUUCAUUAAGCUAGCUUCUGGUGUAGUUGAUAUAUCAGUAUUAUACUUUACAUAGUUCUAAGAUAUGAGGGAUAACGGUUUUAAAGAAAUGGUGUAAAAUUAUAUAUAUGUGUUUAUCUUUUAUAUUUUUAUACAUAGUAACUCUAGGUGUAGUGGAAUUAUGUUUUUAUAAAUGUUAUUCUUAAAGCUAGAUUGCUAUAUAACAUGUUUUAUAAAUGUGAUUCUUAAAGCUAUAUUGCUGGAAAUAAUGUUUUUAUGAAUGUAAUUCUUAAAGGUAGAUUGCUAUUAAACAUGUUUUACAAAUGUGAUUCUUAAAGCUAUAUUGUAGAAAUGAUGUUAUAUGAUGUUAUAUUACUGAAAAUAAUGUUUAUAUCACUGUAAUUCUUAAAGCUGUAUUACUAGAAAUAAUGUUUUUAUAAAUACAAGUCUUACAAACUACAAUACAAAUUUAAUGUCCAAUAUAUUGUAAAUGAUAUUAUGAACAGGUUGAUUUAAAUGAGUUAUUUACAUAUGAAGGAGUAAUAAAAAAAUUGGUAAAAACAUAAAAAAAAAAAUCUUGUAUAUCAAAAAGUCACUUUGUAACGUAAUUUUAAAAUUCGCUGUCGUGAGAAGAGAGGGCGGGUCAUCUUCUUCCUUCGUCAUAAUAAUAUCAAGUUACAAUGUAUUUACACAUAAAACUCUGACUGGACUAAUGAAGACGGGUUGAAGGAACACAGCUUUAUUAUUGUUUUAAUAAAUGUACAGGGGCCUUAUAUUCACAAAAAGUUAAACUGCAAUAUUUUAAGGAUGCAGCCAUAUCAUUGGAUGAGAUUUAAAAUCGUUGUACAAAUCAUAGCUCUUGGCCAAUGAAUGGACUACAUUCUUAAAGUGUUUUAAUUUUACUUUUUGUAUGAAUGCAGUCCCAGUAUUUUAAAUAAACACAGCUUUAUUAGCGUUUAUAUAGAUAUUUAGUAUUAAUUAAUCUUAUUCUUCCAUGUCAUAAUAUUGCCAGUAGUUUGUGUAUUAUUGUAGAUAUUAAUAUUCUGUUAUUUGUUAAAGUAUAAAACUCCAUAUAUUUAUAUAUAUUAUAAUAUAGCUGAUGAUGCUCAUUAACGACAGACUGAUUUUCUGUUUUUACUGUAAUUUCUAAUCAGUUAUGUUCAGUGAAAUACACAAAAAGUCAAAAUUGAUUGGCAGCCUUUGGCUUUUGGUUAUUCGUGUCUGCACCGAUAGUAUUCUCCUUCAUUACAAAUGGCGCCCGGAAGCAUUCUGGCAUGCGAUUUGUGUGCCAAUUUUAAAAUUUUCAUUUUGUCUUAAAUAUUAGAUAUCGGAUGGCCAUGGUAAGAUAACAACAUCCAUGUUGAUUUAAAUUGACCAAUAAGUCAUGUUUGCAAUGUCGAAGACUUUGGAUGAUAUUGAGUUAGAGACUUGCCUUCUUUAACAUAUAUCGUUCAACAUUUCGACAAGUGUGCUCUGCUCGAAAACAAUGACAGAAAACGUGUCAAAAAGUUGUGCUUUAUGUGUAUAAACCAGUGAUCGUUUUCAAUAUAAAGUGGGGGGUUGGAUGGCUGAAUGGUUAGCACAUGCGCGCUGUAUCAUGAACUCUGUCAUUGAGUCAACUGGCAUGGUUUCGAUUGCCCAGUUGUAGGUGAAAAGGAGUAGGGUCACUUGGAAAUAAAAUUGAACCAUAUGUUAGUCCCGAAAUGACCUACUUUGUGUCGAGUGGACGUUAAAGUGUGUUGUGUUUUUUAGUGUGCUCAAUUCGACUAAUGUACAUCAGAAUGAAGAAGUAAUGGUUGAUUGUUUUAACUGGAUAUGUGAUUUAUUUUUAUCUACCUUAAAUAUAGAAGUACUCAGGGGCGUGUCAAGGAAUUGAGCAGCUGGGGGUCCAGGGUGAAGACGAUGUCAAGGUUGGCGUUAGGUCUGGGGGGAACUACCCGCGAAUUUGAUAAAUACAUAAUCUUUGAGACAAUAUUUCUGCUCAUUUGGGUGCAUACAUGUAUAGGAUUACAGUGGAGUGAGCCAAAACGGUGUUAUUUACAUGAAUGUAGGAGAUAAGAAAUAUUCUCUGCGCCAGCAGGGGGAGAAGACCCCCUGGACCCCUCCCCCUAUGGACACGUGUCAGGUACUUUAUCCUUGUGUAUAGCAAUGUACGUAACAUAUGUAAAGGCUAUAAUUAGGUACUCAUGAUGCCUAGGGCAGACUGUAGUCCUUUGUCAUUUGAUCACUGACUUGACUAAUAGGCUUUCUCAUAAAUUGUUUCACUGAUAUUUUCUAAUUGAACUUGAUGUAAAAAAAACAGUUAAUGAAAAUGUAGAGUGUUCAACCUAUGAUUGUCUUAUGGAUAAUGUUUAUAGUAAUUGAUUAAUUAAUUAAAGAUACAUUAUGGGAGAUUAGAUAAAGAGUUGACUGUUCUUGCUAUAAUAGUUUUAAAAAAUAGAUAACUUAAAUAGAAGAUGUUGAAAAUUUCAGUCAAAUUGCUCCAAGAUGAACCAAGAUAUUAGCUUUUGAAUUUUAAGCCUAGCCUCGAUCAUCAUUACUUAAGUCGGUAUGAUAAAAAACAUAGUCCUGGUUAUCCAAUUUUGUAUUUAAUCAUCAAUGAGCAUUGAGCAGCAGAUUGGAUUCCAAUACAUUGAAAAUCUGACACAUAAGAUGACAUUGAGAGUUGAUUAUAGUCUGGAUAAGUUAAUUAAUGUCUAAUUAAUAGUUUAUAUAACAUUUCGGGCCUAAAGAAAGACCUCCAACAGGCAGAUUUCGCUCUUGUAUAAUGUAUUUUUAAUAUAGAGUAUAUAGGGCCUUUAUUUAUCUUUAUGUAAAUGUAUUUCUACCUCUUUUGUAAUUUCAAUCCCUGCAUUGGCUGAGAAAAUUCAUCGGCAUUUUCCAAUGUGGUUUCCCCUCGUCAAUAGUGUUUUAUUCUUAAUAUUUUGAAAUGCUUUAAUAUGAAAAAAAAACCCAAUAAAAUGAAAGAACCGUAAUAUAUGCAGUUAAUACAUAUACUACAUAUAGCUGAUUGCUGGUAUGGCAUAUCCUAAGCCAUUUUUAGGCAGUUUAUGCUGUUUGGGGGUUAUUUAAUUUGAUUCUAAUGCACCCUUCAUUUAAUAAAUCCUGGACAGGCCAUUUACAAACCACCUUAUAGGGAAAUGCCAAUGUAUCUAUGAUUUGUAUCAUUGCCUUCAUUGCUAUUUAUUUAUUUAUUUAUUUAUUCGUGCAAAUAUUCCUUAUUAGGCACUAGAACUUGCCAAAUAUGAUGUAAACAUUGAAAAAUAUAUGUAUCCAUGGGGCUUACCCUGUUAGGCAUUGCACUCCUUCACCACAACUGACUCAUUGUGUUUUUAGGGAAAAAAUUGAAUCUGACCAACAGUGUUCAUCUGGGCCCUAUUUCUCGAAAUUUUAACUUAAGAUAAAAUCCAAAUUUUAGUAGAUACUUCAAUUUUGAUUGGCUAAACACUAAAAUCAAUCUAAUAUGAUCCAAUCAAAUUACUAAAGUUUUGAUUUUAUCUUAGUUAAAAUUUCGUGAAACAGGACCCAGUACUAAGGUACAGGGUGUCAAAAUGUUUGGUAGAUUGUCUCUCAACCAUAGUGGUUAAGCAUUAAGGUUAGGGUGGCUGCAACUCGGUACAUUCAAAUAUUUCAAAACCAUAGCUCUCUUUAAUUCUGGUUUAAGUAUAUUUUAAUACAAAUACUAUUUGAUUGUCUACAUGUAUCUUGUAUCUCUAGUAAUCAGAACAUAAUGAUUAUAACAGUAGAAAUAUGACUAUAUCAGUAGAAAUGUGACUAAUACAGUAGAAAUAUGACUAUAACAGUAGAAAUAUGACUAUAACAGUAGAAAUAUGACUAACAGUAGAAAUAUGACUAUCACAGUAGAAAUAUGACUAUAACAGUAGAAAUAUAUGACUAUAACAGUAUAUGUGAUUAUAACAGUAGAAAUAUGACUAUAAAAGUAGAAAUAUGACAACAUACCAAAAACAAAAAAGUGAAAUAUAUAGACCAAGCUCAAUCACAAGGUUGUUAACUAAGACAUAUAUUUUUGUCCAAAAACUAUUACCACAUAUUUUAUGCCUCCAUCGGUAUCCCUCUGUGUUGAUAAUAACAAUAAUAAUCAGAGGUGGGUUCAGGUAUGAUAACCAGCCUAAUAUGGGUGUAGUAUAAAUGAUUUGAUUAAUGUAUAUUAUGUUUUAUAAGUUGUGUAUAUACCAUCCGUCUUGUAUCUUUAUAUAUCAAUAUUUAUAUCAUUUUACUGUUCUUCUCUUACUAGAAGUUUAUUAUUAAUCAAAUUUAUAUAAAUACUGUAUUCAUUAU